AUGUGUCACCCAAACCAGAUGAGUGUUCAGGAGUAUGAGAUGAUCCAGGAGGAAGAUGAACGAUGUCUGAGAAAAUACCGCAGGCAGUACAUGCAGGAAAUGCAUGAUCGUUUGAGCUUUGGGCCCAAGUUCGACAGUGUCUUUGAGCUGGAAAGCAGUGAAGCCUUCCUCAAGACCAUUGAGAAGGAGCACCGGCUCACGCUGAUCAUCGUGCACAUCUAUGAUGAUGCUAUCAAAGGCUGUGAAGCUCUCAACAACUGCCUGAACAGCUUGGCGGUUGAGUACUCCAGUGUGAAGUUUUGUCGAAUCCGGGCAUCUGCCACGGGUGCAGGAGAACGGUUCUCCGAUGAUGUCCUACCCACUGUGCUGGUGUAUAAGGCUGGAGAAAUGCUGGGAAACUUCAUUUGUGUUACCAAGCAUCUCAGUGAGGAGUUCUUCGCUUCUGAUGUGGAGAACUUUCUCAAUGAGUACGGCUUGUUGCCAGAGAAGGAAUUCACUGCUUGCCCUGAUGAUGAUGAAGAGCUUGGGGUGGAAUAA